AUGUAUCGUGGGAAAUCGAACGGUUUGCAAAACACGAAGACUAACAGAAACAUAUUCUUGGCCAUCUUACUAAUCACAAUAUUUGGGUGGUUUUUAAUGGAUAAUAUUUACAACAAUACUGAAGUGAAAUUUACAGAGGAAGAUAUUAAUUUGUUUAGUUCUUUUAGGAGGCAUGGUGUAGUCUCUCCCGAUAUAUACGUUGCCAGUAAUGACAACGACAAUAUUGUUAAGAAUUUAAAAGUUGAGAAGGAAAUAAGAGAUAUAAGAGAUAAAAUACGUACAUUACCUAAUAAUAAACCCCAGUCUAAAAAGAAUAUGGUUCAGAAUGUUAAUGUAGCAAAGAGAGUAACGUGUGAUGAAAACCAAGUUGAGUGCAAUUUUAAAGAAAUUCUUCAUAAUUCCCCUGUUGUUCUUUUAGUACAUUCUUUACAAGACGAAUCGACAUAUAUUCAAGAGAAAUUACAUGAAACAUUUGAAAUAUACCCUCAAAUGCUAGUUGUCGAUAUGGAUAAAACAUUACAAGGAAAAAAUUUGUUCUCAUAUAUGAAAUCUAUGAAUAAAAUCGAAGACUCAAAACUACCUUUGCUAUUCAUUAAUGGUCAACUGUUUUCACCUUCUUUAUUACCAGAAGAUCUUGAGGAUAAUGCUAAACAUUUAGGUUUAUUGAAAAAACUCCAGGAAUUGGGAAAGGAUAAUAUUAUAAUUAAAAAAAAAAUAAUUCCAUCAAAUAUAUAA